GCACAUCUCCGUUUCUCACUUUGUUGUCAUACAAUGCACGUGGUUGAACAGUUGAACUGCCUGAUCGAAGGAGCUGGGCGCCAAGCGGAGCUGAAAAGUUGUGGUGCUGAAAAGGGAAACACUUCUACAAUUCCAGCACAGCAAUGUAAGUAUUUCUCUUGAACAUGUUAUCUCGGCUUUUGAACUCUACGCUGGAAAGGCUUUCAGUCAAAGAAGAAUCAACGCCUUUGGAAUCUCCCAAGGAUUUAUAUCCAACUCUUUCUUUUCCUCCGCCUCAUCCGGUGGGGAAAGGAACUCGAUCAAUAUGUGCACGAUGUCUCACCCUACUCUCACACGUGAUAAAACUAUACGGAGAUGGAACAAAGCAUGAUAAACUUCAGAUUGUACACUCUCAAUCCAUACAAGUACGCGAUUUUCGACCGAGGCACAGAAGUGUCUGGAUACACCCUAAGGAUGAUCCCGAGGAGGAUCCAUUAGAUGAGAAUUGCGUUAUAUGCGCAAAGAUCAGGAUUCUUUUUGAUGCAAUGCAAGCACAUGUAUCAUUUGAACCGUCAUUGCGAGAUGCACCGUAUGAGGACUGGAGUUUAACUUGGGCGGGAAACAUAGAUAUUCCGGAUGGAUGUCUUAGUGUACUUGUGACUGCGAAACAUAAAGGCGGGUUUUCGUGGGGAAUUGGUGGCUUUAAGGUCUACCCCGGUGCGGAAAACGAUACCGUACAAAUACCAGUCUCUGAGGAGACGUCCCGUGAUUACCCUGUUAUUGUACCACUGGAUCUUCAGGAUUCGACAGUGCAAGAUACUAAUAUUGUUCAACCUGAAUCUGUUGCUUUCUGUUCGACAGUAAGCGCUGGAACAAUGACCGGAGUGAGGUUAUGGACCCAAAACUGCACAAACUCCCAUACAAAGUGUCGCAGGAUAUUCAGAAAUGGUGGCAAAGAUCAAUAUGAGCCGGAAUCAGAUUGGUUUCCAGAUCGCCUACUUAAAAUUACUCGAGAUGACACUGAGCCUGGAUAUUCGGAUAUAAGUGCGCGGUUGGUACUAAGAUCUGAUCCUGAUGACUUUCUUCCUGGAUGGAAAGGGUUAGGCUAUGUUUCUCUCUCUCAUUCUUGGGGUCCGUCGCCGGAUCCUUCUGCUCCGCUUGGUGGUCGUGUCGGGGCAGUGCUCACUGAGUCAAAUCUUGCCCUUUGGCGAGUUGACUUGCCACUCGAUGAUCUUCCACUCACCUUCAGGCAUGCAAUAAUCGUCUGUGUGUCGCUAGGGUUUCAGUACAUCUGGAUUGAUAGCUUAUGCAUUAUUCAGGACAGCCUUGAAGAUUGGAAGGAGCAGAGCGCUAUGAUGAGAGAUGUGUACAAAUUUGCAUGGCUAAACAUUGCGGCUCUGUCCACUGCAUCUGACUAUGAAGGGUUUAUCAAUGAAUAUCGAGAUCCGCGAGUUGAGUUUGGAUUUCGAGCUUCUUUUGCAUCUAUCCUUGGCCAUGAUCUUGGACAACAGAACGCUGAUAAUGGCGACUGCUUGUUACUUAGUGGCGUAGCAAAACUUUUGUGGAACUUCUCCUCUGAUAUACCUGGUAAUACUGUAUCAAACGCACCCUUAUUUAAACGAGCAUGGGUAUAUCAAGAGCGCAGUCUUGCUCGACGGACUCUCGCUUUUGCGAAGAACAGUGUGUACUGGGCUUGCGACGAACAUACUGGCGGAGAACAACCCGAAUGGUCCGGUAUUGAAGGGUCCAGUUUACGAAGAACAUUACACUCUGUACGGGAAACGUCUGCAUUGAACCCUCCUUCUGAAGAACAACUAUUGAGGUUACUGAAAGAAUUUGAAACCACCUGGCAAUCCACCGUGGCGUCAUACACACGUUGUAAAUUGACAAAAAGCAUUGAUAAACUCAUUGCCGUUUCGUCCGUCGCUCAGGAACUGGCCGAAAUGAUGCCGCAGAGAUAUCUCGCGGGACUAUACGAUUUCAACCUUGUGUAUCAAAUGACUUGGGUUAACAUAGAUGGGCGAACUACCCCACCAAGAAAAAGAGUCGGAGACUCAGAGUACGUAGCUCCAAGUUGGAGUUGGGCCAGUGUUGAAGCACCAAUACAUAAAUAUAUCAUCACUGCAUCCGGCGUCAGUCCAAAAUAUGAAUCCACUCCUGGAACUAAGCAAUUUGUACUGGCUAAUGUACUAGCCGCAGAUGUGGCACUUGAAACGGAGUAUCUUUUUGGUCUUGUAAAAGCAGGCUGGAUGAGGAUACGUGGACGUUUGAAUCGUGUAACAGCAUCUUACAAAAGAGCACCGAGUUGGAAUGCCUGGGAAAAUAGCGUUAGUCUUAUUGACGAACACACGGGGCAAGGCCUAUGGUUUACUGGAGAUACAGUAGAGGCAUAUGAGUUGAUCAGAUGGAAUAUGGGAAUUAGAAGCUUGGUAUGGAUGCCACUGCUGAUAUCAUUUGAUAGUACUGUGUCAUGCCAAUGCAUUUUCCUCGUUGAGGUGGAUGCUUCAGACCAAAUCGGCGAUGAUGGAAAAUUCGUCAAGCCGGGUGAGAAAGUAUAUAGAAGGGUUGGAAGUGGGCAUUUUGGGAGGGUUACGAGUAGUAUAUAUCAAGACAAAUUACUUAUGGAAUUGGGGACAUAUCCAGUUAUACUACAGAGAGAUGGACUAGGACAAAUAUUAGCGAAUGGGUUCAAGAGGAGUGAAGAUGGAUUCGAGCAGAUAGUGAUUAUUUGAAUGGGUAUAAUUUGUGUUACACAUCUUAAAGAGUUUAAAGUUCUCAAGUAGUCUUGAUUACAAUAAAAACAACAAUGAAAAUUAUGCAUUUUUCAACCCGAUGCUGUACACUCAGAAAAUUGAA